AUGGCGAGCACAGAUCCUGAGCACAGAGAAGAGGAAGAAACCGCUGGAGCCGAAGAUGAAGACACCGGAGCACAGGUCGCCCCAAUCGUCAAGCUCGAAGAGGUCUCUGUGAGCAGCGGUGAAGAAGACGAAGAUGCAAUUCUCGAUCUGAAAGCAAAGCUCUAUCGAUUCGAUAAAGAAGGAAAUCAAUGGAAGGAGAGAGGUGCUGGUACUGUGAAGCUCUUGAAGCACAAGGAAACUGACAAAGUUCGUCUCGUUAUGCGCCAAUCCAAAACUCUCAAGAUCUGUGCAAACCAUCUUGUUCUUCCUACUAUGUCGGUUCAGGAACACGCUGGGAAUGAAAAGUCUUGUGUGUGGCAUGCGGCUGACUUCGCUGAUGGUGAACUGAAGAAUGAACUGUUCUGCAUUAGAUUCGGAUCAGUUGAGAAUUGCAAAACCUUCAUGGAAAUGGUUCAAGAGGUUGCUGAAUCCCAAAAUAAGAAUGAGGAAAACAAGGAUGCAUCUGCUACUGCUGGGCUACUUGAGAACCUGAGUGUUGAAGAUAAACAAACUGAAGAGAAGCACAAGGACGAGGCGCCCGUAGCCAAGGAAGCAAAGGAAUCUGACAAGGAGUCUGGAAAAGAAGAUACUGAAAAGAAUGAUGAGGAGUCUGUUUCCUCCACCUAAGAUUGGUUUAAAUUAAAAAGUUUACUUCAGUUUGGUAAGAGUUUUAAGCGUUUGACGAGAUGCUAGAAUGAGCUUACGUGGCCAUUUCUAGCAACAAUGGCCAAAGAAUCUAUUGGGAUCUGGAGAGAGAACCAGAAAGUGAGAAAGGGAAAAUAGUGCAACACAUUCACUGACACUAAAAUUAUGUAACAUUCACAUAGUAACAUCAAUUUGUUUUAAAUGUUGUUUUUGGGUCACCAUCUUGUUGAAGUUACUAUUUAAGUCCCUAUUGUGUUCAG